CAACGGGGGUCCCCUCUUCUGUCUCCCAUCAUGGGAUGUCCCCCCCCCAACGCCUUAUUCUGGGGGCUGUGCCACCUCCUGAGCCUCUUCCCCCAGAACUACCAAACGAAGUUCAGCCCCAAAGCGAAGCCCACGUGCAGAGUCCCCAGCGCGGAGGAGGCCACGAGCGCCUGCGGGGACCCCCGGACCCCCUCCGGCGCCUCCAGCUGCUUUCGGCACCUCCUGAACGCCUGCGCGGAGCCAACGCCGGAGAACCUGCAGGCUCUGCUCGGGGCGGUUCAGGAUAUGUCCCGGGAGGCGCUCGGCCCGGACCGCACUGCGCUUCUGUUUCUCAGCACCGAAGCCCUCGUGCUGCAAACGGCCCUUCGGGGUUCGGCCUCUGCGCCCCUCAGCUUCAACACCACCGUCAUGGAAGCCGUGGUGGAGGUGGUGCAGGACAAGUGCCCUCAGGUCACGCUGGUGCUGGUGGUGGGAGAGCAGAACCUGACCAUCAGCUGCCAGGAGGUGGUGAGCAUCGCCCAGGCAGGCACACGGGCGGUGGCCUUCAUCGUCUACAAAGAGGUGGAGAAGGUGCUGAGCGACGUCGCGGAUCUGCACCGGGAAAGGCUCAACUCCCGCGUGGUGGGAGGCACCGUGGGGAAACCUGGGGUGACCUUCAACGUGCCCUUCAACAUCAGCCUGCGGCACCUCACGGCGCUGCGGGCGGGCGAGGAGCCGCGCUGCGUCUCGUGGCAGACGGUGGGCACCGAAGGCCGUUGGACACCCUUGGGCUGCACCCGCGUCGGAGGUGACACCUUCCACUCCAUCUGCGCCUGCACCCACUUCUCCACCUUCACCAUCCUCACGGCCAUCCACCCCGUGACGGAGAGCUUCGCGCUGACGGUGGUGACCUACGUGGGGCUGUCGGUGUCGCUGCUUUGCCUCUUCCUCGCCAUCGUCACCUUCGUCCUGUGCCGCUCGCUCUGGAGUGUCAGCGUCACCCUCCACCUCCAGCUCAGCAUCUGCCUCUUCGCUGCCGACCUCCUCUUCCUCGUGGCCGUCACCCGCACCACCAACCAGCUGGUGUGUGCCAUCACGGCGGGCUUCCUCCACUACCUCUUCCUCGCUUGCUUCGCUUGGAUGUUCCUGGAGGGUUUGCACCUCUUCCUCACCAUCAGGAACCUGCGUGUCCUCAACUACACCAACGCAAGUCGCUUCAGGAAGAGAUACAUCUACCCCGUGGGCUACGGCGUGCCGGCCAUCGUGGUGGCCAUCUCCGCUGCCGUCCAUCCUGGCGGUUACGGCACUGAGCGUUACUGCUGGUUGAGCAUGGAGAGACACUUCAUCUGGAGCUUCCUUGGCCCCGUCUGUGUCAUCGUCCUGGUGAAUUUGCUGUUUUUUCUCACCACCCUCUGCACCCUACGGGACAAACUCUCCUCCCUCAACGCCGACGUCACGGCCCUCAAAAGCACCCGGUUGAUGACGUUCAAGGCGCUGGCGCACAUCUGCAUCCUGGGCUGCACGUGGGGCCUUGGCUUUCUGCAGGUCCAGGCGGACAAUAUCGCGGUGGCCUUCAUCUUCACCAUCGUCAACAGCUUGCAAGGAGCCUUCAUCUUCCUCGUGCACUGCGUCCUCAACCGGCAGGUGAUGGAGCAGUACCGGCGUUGGGUGAGGGCACUGGGGCGACAAGAGCAGCCCCAGGAGAUGCCCACCACCGAGAUCAACAUCUCCGGGGUCACCGAAGGGGAGAGGUCACAGAGCCGCAGCACCCAGGGCUGCGCUUGGGAGAAGUGACGGCAGACGCCGAAGCACCUUCCUGACCUCAGCCUGGCCUCGAUUCUGCCCCAACGCUCUCAAGACCUCUCCACGUCGCACGUUACGGGAUUUUUUUUUCAUCUCCGAUUUAGGAGUCCGGUCAAAAAGUGAGAAGUUCUUCUUUAAAUUCCAGAAGAUAAAGAGGGAAAAAGAUCCGCACGUUACGCUCCUUCCGUUGAAGUCAACGUAGACCCUUCCCGUUGGCUCUCCGCGUCUUUUGGGCUCAAAUUUGAUGAGCUUCGUUGUUGCUUUUAUCACCGAUGUUUGAGUUCCUCCAACAUUUGAGUUCCUCCAAUGUUUGAGUUCCUCCAAUCUUUGAGUUCCUCCAGUCUUUGAGUUCCUCCAAUGUUUGAGUUCCUCCAAUCUUUGAGUUCCUCCAGUCUUUGAGUUCCUCCAAUCUUUGAGUUCCUCCAAUGUUUGAGUUCCUCCAAUCUUUGAGUUCCUCCAAUCUUUGAGUUCCUCCAUUUGUUCGAUCACGGAAUGGAACCGGAGACGU